CACACGACUGGAAGCCUAUAUAUCAAGAUUCCCAUUCCCCCCUGUAUUUUCUUCUUCGCAUGAGCUCUGGUUUUAGCCCUUGAGAUCCUUUUCUCGUUCACUCCUUUAUCUUACGUAACCAAUCCUUGGCUGGUCCCUAGGAUUUUUAUUCUCCGAUGUUUCGCUUUAUCUUUCUGGUCCUGAUAGGGCUACUUCCUUUCAUUACUGCUUCGCCUACUCCUGUGGAUUUUAUGAAAACGAUGUCUACUCGUGAUGAUGAUGCCAAUAUGGGAGGCAGACUGGUUUUCUGUCACUUCAUGAUUGGCGUUGUGAGCAACCGCCAAAAUGCCAGCGAUUAUGAUGCCGACAUGAAACGCGCCAAAGAAGCUGGCAUUGAUGCCUUUGCCUUGAAUAUCGGCACUGAUCCAUACACCGAUACACAGCUGAACUUUGCCUAUCAAUCUGCCGCCGACAAUGACAUGAAGGUGUUUAUUUCCUUUGACUUCAACUGGUACAAUGUCAACCAGGGCAGCGAGGUUGGCAACAAGAUCAGACAAUUUUCAAGCCACCCUGCACAGCUCAGGGUUGAUGGAAAGGUGUUCGUGUCAUCUUUCUCUGGCGACGGUGUCGAUUGCGGUGCGAUGAGAUCUGCAGCUGGCUGCGACGUCUUUUUUGCGCCAAACUAUCACCCAGGUCAGGGUGACUUCAAUGCUGUUGACGGUGCGUUGAACUGGAUGGCAUGGGGAAGUGACGGGUACAACAAGGCCCCAACUGCUGAGCGGAAGGUUUCUGUUAUUGAUGGCGAUACCGCAUACCAAGUGGCGCUUGCUGGGAAGCCUUACAUUGCUCCCGUCUCUCCCUGGUUCUCGACGCACUUCGGCGACGAGGUCUCCUACAGCAAGAACUGGGUCUUCCCCUCCGACCUCCUCUGGUACAACCGAUGGAGAGAAGUCCUGGCGACCAAGCCCCGUUUCGUGGAGAUAAUCACAUGGAACGACUACGGCGAGUCGCACUACAUCGGACCACUCUCAUCACCUCACACCGACGACGGCUCAUCAAAAUGGGUGAUGGACAUGCCACACAACGGCUGGCUCGACAUGGCCAAACCCUUUAUAGCAGCCUACAAAGCAGGCUCAGAGCUCCCAAUAGACUACCUGGAGGAAGAAAAACUAAUCUACUGGUACCGGCCAACGCCCAAAUCAACAAACUGCGAUGCAACAGACACAACCAUGCAAAGCGCCAACAACGCCAGCGGGAACUUCUUCCGCGGCCGCCCAGACGGCGCAGACACAAUGCAAGACGCCGUCUUCGUGGUCACGCAGCUGAAGGAGCCUGCCUCGGUGGAGGUGACGUCGGGCACGAACACGCAGACCUUUCAAGCACCGGCAGGGGUACGGGCGUGGACGGUGCCGAUGGGCGUGGGCGCGCAGUCCUUCCGUGUCGAGAGGGACGGGCAGACAGUCGAGGAACUGUCUGGGACUAGUCUGCGGGAUAUUGUCGACGAGUGUGUCUGUGGCAUUUACAAUUUCAAUGCUUAUGUCGGGACAUUGCCUGCUGAUGCGGAGGUUGAUCGGCUAGCGCCGGAUGGUAUGGCGCUUUUGAAGCAGGGGUUGAGGGUUUCUUGUCCGACUAAUACGCUGGGGAAUGGUGGUGGUUCUCCUGUUCCUUCUCGUAGUGCUUCUCCCAGUCCCAGUCCGAGCGGGUGUUGUACCUGUUGAGAGGCAUGGUGCAAGGUUUGUGCUGGAUGCAGACCAGGUGAACAAGAGCAAAAUUGUAUAGAUCGAUUCUAGAUUUU